CCCUUAUAUCCCAUUAUUCAUGAUUCCUUGCUUCGCACAUGGCCCUUGACAUUGUCAGACAUGUCAACGCGCAGUCGAUGGGCUACGGCCUCCCGCUACCCGCUGACGGAGACUAUACAACACUGUGUGCUGAAACAGGCUAAGCGGAAAGGGAUUUAUGCAUCGGAUAUUGUGAGCGAUCAGCUGUGUGACGAUAUUCUCCAUCGCAUAUCACCUCAUCUUUGCCGAAACUCCCCCGUGGAUAUCCUCGAUCUCUGGCCUGGCCCAGGGCUUUGGUCUUCCAAAGUCAAUGACUUCUUGCGACCCCGCCGCCAUGUACUCGUGGAGCCGGACCUCGUUGCCUACGGCCCGAUCUUGAAGCCAAUCGUCGACAGCAAAUCAUGUUACGAGAUGAUAUCGAUGAAUAUAUAUUCAACAGAAAACUGGGAUGAGGUCUUCAAAAAAAAUUUUCCGGAGCAGGGACCAUCCAACCGGCAGGAAGUCGGUGUCCUGCCACGGAAUGACACGCUACUCGUCCUGGCAAGACCACCAAUGAGUCCCUCGAAAAAGGACCACUACACACCGGGACGAUGGUGGAGUAUGUUUUUGCGAGAUUGCAUGCGGCAGACGGGAUUGCAUAAAUAUGGGAGUGUGCGGGUGCUCGCCUCGUUACCCUCACCCGAAAUGUCAUCGGUUCUUCCACGGUCUGUCACCGAUCGCAAGCGGCCAGCUCUUCUGGCGGAGAGCUUGUCAUUGCAUCUGCUAGAACUCGCAAGCCCGUAUACCAGCGAACCAUGGACUACGUGGAAGAGAUGGGAAUCGAUCACCGACAGCAGAAAACGGGCAACUGAAAGAGCUGAGGCUCAGAACAUUUACACUCCACCUGGUCGAGAACCUGCUCCUCUUACGCUUGCCCCAAGGGUCCCUCCUCCCUUUGAAUCAGCAAACCCGAUUCCAUACACGCCUCGAAUAUCGACGGUGGGCGACGACGUCAGCCCAGAAGCGACAGCAGUCAGGAAACGCAGUAACAUAGCCCUUAACCAGCUGAAGCAAGAAAAUCAGAGAGCAUACACACGAGAGUAUUUUGCGAAGAAACAACUGGAAAUCGAUGCGUUAACACAGACCCUGUCGCAUGCGGCUGCUAAUCCCGCGGAGAGCCCUGAGCGAUUGCAGGCGCUGGAUGAUCAGAUUGCAGCUCUGCAAUCUACUUAUUCUUCAGAAUUCUCAGAUGUCCACUUCAGCGUCUCGCGUUACUACGAUCGAACGAUCGACGACAGCCGCACAGUCUUCCAAUCGAACAAGUCUGACGAUUCCAUGCUGAUCUGGGAACGACGGCCCUUUGAGCCGUUGCGGAUUGAUGCACGCGAGCUUUUUCCUCUCCAGGUGCCUCGUUCGGUGGUGUAUUUUGAGGCAGACCCCAACUCCGCCAUCAUGCAAAAGCUUGACAGUCUCCCCUCGGAUAAGCGGGAUGAGAUUUUUGGCCUUUUUGACGCACUGAGCUCGGUUUUCGGCACGGGCAACACUAUGUCUCUAGCCGAGCUCGCGAAAUCCCUCUUCCCCAGCUGGUCGAGCAAUGACGUUGUCAAGGCCAUCCCGAGCCUGGCGCGGUUUGUGGCCAAAAGACUCAAGCCCGGAAGUGGACCUAUUCCUCUCCAAGAUGGGGCCUCGGAUCCCACUCUCUCCUACCAGGACAAUUUGAAAUAUGACCUAGGGGACACCCGGGUGCGAUGCCUUCCUACCUCGGUGAUUUGGGACAUCCUGUUUGAAUACCAAGAGAACUCGCCGAGUAUAUCGAAGACGCAGUUCACCCGAUUGCUGGGUGGGACCUUGACCUCCUCCAGUGCGGGGGACCAUCUCACCCCGUUCAAGAGACUGAAUUAG